ACUCCAACCAUGUCUCUCAAGGUCGUCGUCCUCGCCUGCGUGGUUGUCGUCGCUCUGUGCGACAAGGCCCCAUUCCUCAUCCCUCAUCCCCCCGUCUACAUCCCUAGACCUGCCUACCACGCCCCCGAACCCUCCUACAAUACCCCCGAGCCUGCCUACCAAACACCUGAGCCUGCCUAUCCCGCUCAUGCACACUACGAGCCAGAGUACCCUGAUGUGCCCCCAAAAUACAACUACAACUACGGCGUCGCCGACAGCUACUCCGGCGCCAACUUCGCCGCCUCGGAGUCCCGCGACGGCUACAAGACCGAGGGCAGCUACACCGUCGACCUCCCCGACGGCCGCAAGCAGAUCGUCAAGUACGUGGACAACGGCGACGGUUAUGUAGCUGAGGUCACCUACGAGGGCGAGGCUCAGUACCCCGAGCACACGGCCGCCUACAAGCCCGCUCCCCCCGCCUAUGCUUAAGUAAUGAAUGUUUAUAGAAAAUGAUAUAAAGGAAUUUGUAUUGUCUUUUCUCAUUUCUGAAAUAAAGAUCAUAUUUUUUAUAA